UAAACAUGGAUGCUUAAGGACAGAUCACUUUUAUAUAUCUGUUUAAUAUGUUUAUAUUAUUCUUUCAAUUUAAUGAUAUAAAGUAAACUAAAUGCACACAAAUUUAACUCAAGAAUAAAAAGAUAAUAUUUAACAGAACGUUUUCAAAAAAAUUAUGAACAAUUAAAAGUAAACACAGUGAACUAAGUCUAUACAAAGAAAGCUACGCAAAAAGCAUGAUGCCAUUUUGCAACUUUUAUUUCGUUAGCAUCUUUUUCAUUUUAUUUUUUACAUUUAUGACUUUUAUCGCAUAUAUAAAAUACAGCGGAAAUAUAGAUAAAAUACUAUGGAUAGAGAAUAGCCAGACUCUAAAGUUGAAAGAGUUUCAUGUGAGCAAAAAUCAAGAAAAACGAAUCAACCAAUUGCAAUUGUUUUGUUUGUCAAAACCAAAAAUAGACUUGCUAAAAUUCAUAAGAUCAAGAGAAAACAAAGGACAUUUUUACGUGAGUCACGAAAAAAAACUUCUAUAUUGCUCAGUACCAAAAAUUGCCAGCACCAACUGGAAAAGAGUAGUUUUGCUGCUCGAAGGAAAAAUUAAAAGUUUAACGGAGAACGCGAAAGACACUGUUCACACAAUUCCUCAAACCAGACUGUUUUCAUUGAUUAGUAAAGGAGAGGUUAAUCACGUAUUAAAAAACUACCUUAAAUUUUUCAUCACAAGACACCCGUUUGAAAGAUUAGUAUCAGCUUAUCGUAAUAAGUUUGCUGAUAAUAACACAUAUUUCGAACGUUUGUUUGGCGUGCCUAUUCUUCGAAUGCACAGAACAAAUUUAACAAACACAGAAUAUGAAAGUGGGAAAGGUGUCACAUUUAAUGAAUUUGUUCAUUGGCUCAUUGAAAGAAACGUGUUUGAUGCUCACUGGGCGCCUGUAUAUUCACUAUGUUCUCCUUGCAUAAUACCUUUCGAUUUUAUAGGAAAAAUGGAAACCCUAUUAGAGGAUUCUGAAGAGAUUUUAUCAAUGAUAGGAGCAAAAAAUAUACAUUUUCCAGCUAAUCUUACUGACGGCUACAAAAUCUCAUCAAAAAAACUUAUGUAUGACUUGUUUUCAACAAUUUCAGGAGACACAAUACAAAAACUAUAUAAAAUGUAUGAAGCUGAUUUUGUGGCUUUUGAUUAUAAAAUUCCAGAAAAGUUAUUCUACAACUAAAAAACGUUUUAAGAAAAAGAAACUUUAAACAAGUUUUAAAUUCAUUCAAAAAAUUGCGUAAAAA